ACUGUUUAAGUUUCCUUUUGAGGUUUGAAUUGAGGAGCUUUGCUUGCUUUUGUUCUGCUUCAAAUGAUGGAGAGUUGCUGCCUACAGUCACCAGCCGUUGCAACCGUACCCUCCUCCCUGCCCAGGAGUGGGUUCAUUGAGAAACCUCUUGGAUAUGGUCGAGUUUUCAAGCUUCCCAGAUGUAAAAGAUACCCACUUAGCAGAAAGCUCAAAGUGUUUGAUUUCAGAGCUCAAGCUUCAGGCACAACAAAAACUAAGUCAGAGGUGGCUGGAGCAAUUUCAAACAAAGCAGAUUCAAAAGAUGAGGAUCUUGCUUUUGUCGCUGGCGCAACUGGUAGAGUAGGAUCUCGAACAGUAAGGGAGCUUUUGAAACUUGGUUUUCGAGUUAGAGCUGGAGUUAGGAGUGCUCAGAAAGCAGAAACUCUUGUGCAGAGUGUCAAGAAGAUGAAGCUUGACUCUGAAGGAACUACACCUGUAGAAAAGCUUGAAAUUGUGGAAUAUGACUUGGAGAAACAAGAUACCAUUGCACCAGCCUUAGGCAAUGCAUCAGUGGUCAUAUGCUGCAUUGGUGCCAGUGAGAAGGAAGUUUUUGACAUUACAGGACCUUAUCGGAUUGAUUACCAGGCCACUCAGAAUCUUAUUAAUGCAGCAACUGUGGCAAAAGUUAACCACUUUAUUUUGGUUUCGUCUUUGGGAACAAAUAAAGUUGGAUUUCCUGCAGCUAUUCUCAAUUUGUUUUGGGGCGUCUUGAUCUGGAAGAGGAAGGCAGAAGAAGCACUCAUUGCAAGUGGUCUUCCUUACACUAUAGUCAGACCAGGAGGAAUGGAGCGGCCCACUGAUGCUUUCAAGGAAACUCAUAAUAUUACACUCUCUACUGAAGAUACUUUAUUUGGUGGCCUGGUGUCAAAUCUUCAGGUGGCAGAACUCAUGGCAUGCAUGGCCAAAAACCGCAGCCUUUCCCACUGUAAGGUGGUGGAAGUCAUUGCAGAAACAACUGCUCCAUUGAGACCUAUGGAGGAACUUCUUGCAAAGAUACCAUCUCAGCGUGCCGACAUUUGCUCACCUAAGGAAUCUGAUGCUCCUUCUAAGUCUGAUUCAGCACCUGCUAAAAGCAUCAUAACUGAGAAACCAAUUACUCCCAGUGAGAAGAAACCUGAGCAAGCAAAAGCUGUGGAACCAAGGCCACUCUCUCCCUAUACCGCAUAUGAUGAUCUUAAGCCCCCUUCAUCACCAUCUCCUUCUGCCCCAACAGCGGCAUCUGCAGACAGCGGGUUCCAAGGUGCUGAAUUGUCCAUAAACAGCACAGCUCAAUCUCCAAUAGCAGAUAAACCAAGUGAUAAACAGCAUAAUCCCGGACCAACAUCGAGACCACUUUCUCCUUUUACAAUGUAUGAGGACUUGAAGCCUCCAACAUCACCAAUACCAUCCCCAAGGAAAUCUUAAGAUAACAAACUACUGGUCACUCAAACAAGGAAUAAGUCCAAAAUCCUUGAUAUUUUGGCUUCUUGUGGGAAAUUAGCCGCCUGGAAGUAAUCAUCAAUAGAUGACUGUCACCAAACCAUGAAAGCAAAUUGGAACUUGAUUCAUCACUUUAAUUAUGUGAAGAGCCAAGCAACUUAAUAUGCGGGAGUAUUUGAAAAUUUCUUGUUAUAUGAUGCUGAGUUUGUGACAACAUGCCUUUGUUCCCUUCCUCCUUUGGUCAUUACUUCUGGAAAUUAUUUGAUACAUUUUUACUGAUGCUUUAGAACAUAAAUUACAAUAAAAUUCCAUUUGAAUGUAUUUUUCA